GCAGUUGGUCAACAUGUUCUCUCUCUUGUCUCUCUUCACCUCAGCGCUGCUGGCUUCCACUGCCGUGGCAUGGCCAAGUGCACCUCCAGCACCCUUCGUUCAGAACACAACCGUCUUCGUCCCACCAGCCAAUUGGCCUGACAAGGGUGGCAGUUAUGCUCGCUCCGUCCUCCUCAAUCAGGACUGCGAGCAAGGAGAGCCUACCAUCCUGGCUACAGCUGCAUACAACCCUCCAGACGGUCAAUACUUCAUCAUCUACAAGAGCACCGACUACGGAGCCAGCUGGUCGGAACUCUCUAAGGCAUACUUCAAUGGCAAUUCCAGCGUAACAGGCGGGAUCAUACUUCAGCCUUUCCUCUACGAAUUAGCUCAGCCCUUCGGAAAGUACCAGCCUGGAACGAUUCUUCUGUCUGGUAACCGCAUUCCUGGCGACUUCUCCAGCACCAACAUCCAGUUGUAUGCUAGCACAGACAAAGGUGUUUCCAAUCUGACAUAUGUAGUNGUGUCCUGGGAGUAUGUCUCAACGGUAGCCUAUGGUGGACCUCCAAACACCGACAAUGGCGCACCUUGUGUCUGGGAGCCCUUCAUCCUCGCCUACGACAACCAGGUCAACGUCUUCUACUCUGACCAGCGCGAUCCUGCAUAUGGCCAGAAGCUCGCCCACCAGUCCAGUGGUGACCUGACGUCGUGGGGUGAUGUUGUCAAUGACGUCGCCUAUGCGAACUACACGCAACGACCCGGCAUGAUCACCAUGGCACAAAUCGGCAAUGGAAAAUGGAUGUGCUCUUACGAAGUUGGUCUCUGGUCAGAUCCCGCCACCGGAAACGACGACGGCGCACCCUAUGCCACUCACUACAAGAUUGCAGACUCACCUCUCGAGUUCGGAUCAGUUGGCGACACCAUGCUCAGAACUCCCGAAGGUGUCUCUAGCGCAGGCCCUUACACCGUCUGGACUCCCGCUGGCGGCCCUUCAGGUACAAUUGUCGUAAGCGACUCCACAUAUGAUCAGUUCUUCCUCAACACCCAGAAUGGCGAUCCCGGUGCAUGGCAGAACGUCAGUAGCCAAGGCCAUGGAGUCGGCUACACUAGAUCUCUGAGGGUCCUGCCAGGAAAUGGCGGAAAGACCAUUCAAGUGUACAAUGGUGGCAUGUACGGAUCCAACAUGACUGAGUUUACUGCCGGCGAUUUCAUCGUGCCUGGACCUGCUGGUCAUGGACCUGGUGCUCAGGGCUUCCCUGCUUGCAACCACAACAGCGGCGGCUACGGACAUGGUUGGGGCUGGGGUAAGCCAUGGUGG